ACAUUAACAAAAAAAAUGUCAUUCGCUUCACUCUUGUAUGCAUUCUUCUUGAUCUUAUUAUCAUCGGCUCGAGUUACUCACAACAUGAAUAUAAGCCCAUCACCAGCUCCAAAUCCUGCUUAUUAUGAUGAUAACAACAAUGUCUUCGACGUGACAUCGUUUGGAGCCAUCGGCGAUUGUAGGACGGACGACACUUCAGCAUUCAAGAUGGCAUGGGACACGGCAUGUAUGACCACAGGUGUUGACUCAGCCGUUCUUCUUGUUCCUUACACCUAUUGUUUCUUGGUGAAGCCAACCAGCUUCAAUGGUCCUUGCAGAACUCGCCUUACACUACAAAUCGAUGGGAUCAUUGUGUCUCCCGAUGGACCGAAGUCGUGGCCAUGGAACUUCAAGAGGCAGUGGCUAAUGUUCUACAGAGUGAACGGAUUAUCAAUUCAAGGCUCUGGUCUUGUCAAUGGCCGUGGUCAAAAAUGGUGGGACCUUCCUUGCAAACCUCACAAGGGCGUUAAUGGAACGACUCAGCCCGGUCCAUGUGACAGUCCUGUGGCAAUUAGGAUAUUUCAAAGCUCAAAAGUGAAAAUCAAAGGGCUUGCCUUCAAGAACAGUGCUCAGUUCCAUGUAAGGUUUGACAAUUGCGAUGACGUGGUUGUAGACUCUGUGACCAUCAAUGCACCAGCCUCUAGUCCCAACACUGAUGGGAUUCACAUUGAGAAUACACAUAACUUUCAGAUUCGCAACUCCGUUAUUUCCAACGGAGAUGAUUGUGUUUCAAUCGGAGCAGGCUGCUUUAAUGUGGAUAUUAAGAAUAUUACCUGCGGUCCAAGCCACGGUAUUAGCAUAGGAAGCCUUGGAGUUCACAAUUCAAGUGCAUGGGUCUCGAACAUAACUGUGACAAACUCAACCAUAUGGAACUCAGACAAUGGUGUACGGAUAAAGACAUGGCAAGGAGGGUCAGGCUUGGUUUCAAGAAUCGUGUUCCGCAACAUUUUGAUGGUGAACGUUCGUAACCCUAUAAUGAUAGACCAAUACUACUGCCAAACCAAGAACUGUGCGAACCAAACCAGCGCAGUCAUCAUCAGCGAUGUCCUGUAUGCGAAUAUCAAAGGGAGCUACGAUCUGAGAAGCCCACCUAUGCAUUUUGGUUGCAGCGACUCUUUCCCCUGUACAAACUUAAGACUAGAGGAUGUUGACCUCUUUCCUUACAAAGGCCAGCUUUUUGAAAACCCAUUUUGCUGGAAUGCGUAUGGAAGCAUGCAGACGGUUACUGUCCCGCCUGUUAAUUGCCUGCUUGAGGCUCUUCCGGGCUGCUGA